AUGGAUGUGAGAUUCUACCCGGCGGCGGCCGGGGACCCCGCCGGCCUGGACUUCGCCCAGUGCUUAGGGUACUACGGCUACAGCAAGUUUGGGAAUAACAACAACUAUAUGAACAUGGCUGAAGCUAACAAUGCAUUCUUUGCUGCCAGUGAGCAGACAUUCCAUACACCAAGCCUUGGGGAUGAGGAGUUCGAAAUCCCACCCAUCACGCCUCCUCCAGAGUCAGACCCUGCCCUGGGCAUGCCUGAUGUACUGCUCCCCUUUCAAGGCCUCAGUGACCCACUGCCUUCCCAGGGAAGUGAAUUCACACCCCAGUUUCCACCCCAAAGCCUGGAUCUUCCUUCCAUUACAAUCUCAAGAAAUCUCGUGGAUCAAGAUGGUGUGCUUCAUAGCAGUGGGUUGCAUAUGGACCAGAGCCACACACCAGUUUCACAGUACCGCCAAGAUCCUUCACUGAUCAUGAGGUCCAUCGUCCACAUGACUGAUGCUGCUCGCUCCGGGAUCAUGCCCCCUGCUCAGCUCACUACCAUCAACCAGUCUCAGCUCAGUACCCAGCUGGGGUUGAAUUUGGGAGGUGCCAGUAUGCCCCACACAUCUCCUUCACCUCCAGCAAGUAAAUCGGCAACGCCCUCCCCUUCCAGCUCCAUCAAUGAAGAGGAUGCCGAUGAGUCCAACAGAGCCGUUGGAGAGAAAAGAGCUGCUCCCGAUUCUGGCAAGAAGCCCAAGACUCCAAAGAAAAAGAAAAAGAAAGAUCCCAAUGAGCCUCAGAAGCCAGUGUCAGCAUAUGCCCUGUUUUUCAGAGACACCCAGGCUGCAAUUAAAGGGCAGAACCCUAAUGCAACCUUUGGCGAGGUCUCCAAAAUCGUCGCAUCUAUGUGGGACAGUCUUGGAGAAGAACAAAAGCAGGUAUACAAAAGGAAAACAGAAGCUGCCAAAAAAGAGUACCUGAAGGCCCUGGCUGCGUACAGAGCUAGCCUGGUUUCCAAGGCUGCCGCUGAAUCAGCAGAAGCCCAAACCAUUCGUUCUGUUCAGCAGACCCUGGCUUCGACUAAUCUGACAUCCUCUCUCCUCCUUAACACUCCACUGUCUCAGCAUGGAACAGUAGCAGCAUCACCUCAGACUCUCCAGCAAUCCCUCCCCAGGUCAAUUGCUCCGAAGCCCUUAACCAUGAGACUUCCCAUGAACCAGAUUGUCACAUCAGUCACCAUUGCAGCCAACAUGCCAUCAAACAUUGGGGCCCCGCUGAUAAGCUCCAUGGGCACAGCCAUGGUCGGCUCAACAUCAUCCACCCAAGUGAGCCCUUCCGUGCAAACCCAGCAACAUCAGAUGCAGUUGCAGCAGCAGCAGCAGCAGCAGAUGCAGCAGAUGCAGCAGCAGCAGCUCCAGCAGCAUCAAAUGCAUCAGCAAAUUCAGCAGCAGAUGCAGCAGCAGCAUUUUCAACACCAUAUGCAGCAGCACCUGCAGCAGCAGCAACAGCAGCAGCAUCUCCAGCAGCAGCUCAACCAACAGCAGCUGCAGCAGCAUCUCCAGCUGCAGCAGUUGCAGCACAUGCAACACCAAUCUCAGCCUUCUCCUCGGCAGCACUCCCCCGUUACGUCCCAGAUCACGUCCCCCCUCCCUGCCAUUGGGAGCCCCCAGCCUGCCUCUCAGCAGCACCAGUCUCAAAUACAGUCUCAGACACAGACUCAAGUAUUACCGCAGGUCAGUAUUUUCUGAAGAUGCGUGUGACAAACGGAGUGGUGUGUCAAGGAGGGUGGCAUAGGGGGGGACAACUAUAUGUCGCUGAAAUUUAUAAAUUGGUGUUGGUUAUGCAGCAAUGUGUGACAGAUCAAAUGAUCCUCUCAAAUGUCUAUUAGAUAGGCAAUAAGAACUACAGUGUAGCGGGGUAUCACCUUUUUAGCUAAUUAUAAAUCACUUUGUUUCGAAACAAGGAAAGCUGUGCUCUUUUAUGUGAUGCCUUUUUUAUUUAUUCAGGCUAUACCUGCAAUAUGUGAAUCAAACCGAUUACUGAACCCUGGGACAUACUGAUGACUAUAGACUGGCCGCUCUGAGUCUCAGAACAUGGCCUUAUUUCUUCCGAAGUGAAUAAGCCACACUUCAAGGCUCUUUGAACUGCCGAAGCCCUAAAAAUAAAAAGCACAGUUGUAACUACCUGAAACAUGAAGAAUCUGUUCAUACAAACAUUUGUAUGACAUGAAUAGUUGAUGGCAUUUUUUCGUCAUGAGAAAAAUAAUGUAAAUCACAGACUUGCCAAAGUUCUUAUUUUUUCCCCUAAAUUUCUUCAGAAAAACAAACAAGUGGUUGGAUUCAAUUAUCGACUCGCUUUCACUUUUUCUCCGUGAUUUCUCCAAAUCAAACCACAGUAUCUGUUGUAACAAUAUCUAUGGCCACUGUUAUCCAUGAUAGCCAUUCCAAUUAGAAGAAAAGAAAUGUGAAUAUUAUAUUCUGUGUUUCAAGUGACAAGUUUUGAAGAAUUAAAAACACUGUAUUUUUAAAAGGGAAAUGCACUUAAAUGGAAACAGCUAUUACAAAAGUUAAGAUUUAAAAAAAAAGCAAGAGGUUUUAUUAUGAUGUAAUACCAGUAGAAUAUUUAAAAGGCACACCACAUCUGAUUAAUCAAUGUAAAUAUUUUCUUUCAAAGUUGUAAGUUUUCCUAUCAUGUGUUGUAAAGUUUUCAUAAACAAGGCUUUAAGGUAAACACUGGUGACAUGAACCAUUCAUUGCUACGUUGCUUAUUGUGUUUUUAUGCUGUUUUAUACUUUUUUAUGAGUUAUGAUAGCAGCAAUUAAGUUGUUUGUAUUUUGCUUAACUAAAAAAAUGCUUUUAUCUUGCUAUAGAAUAAACACAUUUCAGUAAAAACCGUGGACUGUAUUUUGAUGCAACAAGAAGGAAGCUGUUCACUUUUCAAAUAAAAUAUGUCAGAUUUCA